AUGAAACAGGGCAAAGAUCCUCAAACCAACACCGACGUAACACAUUGCCCAGGGUCAGUACCUCGAAACAAUUACCUGAAGGUUUAUGGUGGCAAAUGUCUCCAGUUUGUCGUCACCGAGAGAACAUGGACCAAAGCCAGGACCGAUUGCAAAAGCAGGGGAGGUGACUUAGUGACAAUAAAGGAUGCUGGAAAACAAGCAUUUGUUUAUAAUACUCUGAGGAAUCUCCAUUGGCGCUACAAAGGACUUUGGAUUGGAGGGUCCGACAGAGACAGGGAAGGAACUUGGGUGUGGGUUGAUGGUACUCUGAUGAAGUAUGGAAACUGGCAUCAAGGACAAGGGCCUACAACACAUCAUGGAUUCUUCUUCUCUACUUCAACCUUUGAAGAUUGCGCCGAAAUGAGAUUGGACGACGGAGGGAAGUGGCAUGAUUAUCCAUGUGGAGGACUCCAUUACUCCUACUCUUACAUAUGUGAAUACGCUUUAUCAGCUAUUGUCGUGUCAACGGCUGUCCCUCCUCACUCAACUCCGAGACCAACGUCAAAAACAACACCUCGUCAUCAGACAACUCUGAGACCAAGCCCGGCCCCUCAGACAACUCCGAGACCAAAUACAACUCCGGCCCCUCAGACAACUCCACGGCCAAAUUCAAGUGUCAAUACGAAGCCAGUGAAUAAACAGACAUUAGCACCAGGUACCACAGCGAGGCCGUCUACCGCUAAACCACCUGUUAUGCAAAGGAGCACCUUAAGACCAAAUAGGACACCAAGACCCGCUAUGACAUCAAAUGCCAGACCUCAGACUAAAAGAACAACAUACACUCCAAACAUAUAUGUACCACCGAAAGGUGUAAAACGGACACCCAUUAGUGCUUCACAACAAGGAAAUCCGAAUCCGAAAAAAUCAACGAAUGACACCGAUGUCAUAGUGGGCAUGGCAGUUGGCGGGUGUGUGGCAGUUGGUCUACUGGCUGUUGUAUUUGGUAUUCUUCUUCGCAGGAAACGAUUGGCUGAUGUAAAUGGCACGAUGUCCGUUGAUAACAAAGUGUAUGGGAUGGCCACAGACCAGAAAGAGACAGCGACAUACUGA